UUUGCAUGUACAUACGCACAGAUACACCCACCCAUAUACCCGCUCGCUCGCUCGCUCGCUCGUUCGCUCAUACGAUAAUGUAGCUCCACUACUAUUAAACUUCAACUUAACUCUCUUCACUUCAGACAACCAAGUAUUUGGUCCAAAAUCUCUCUUCUGUUAUUUACACAAAAUAUUGCUGGAUUUCUUUUUUCAUGGAAUGAGAAAGAAAAUAUUUGCGACAAAAAACAAAACACCUAUUCAAGACCUUUUACACUUUAACAAAGAGUUCGAAGAAAAUGGUACAAAACGUAAUUAUUGAUAGCUACUACGAAUUCCAAUCAGAAAAUAUGACAAUUGAAGAUGCUACCUCUUUCAUAACAGAACCACCGAACAGUACGAGAACCUGGAAUAGUUCAGCACUAGAAAGACUUCUCGAAAUAAGUAUGGGACCUCGACAAAUCAGUUCACCUUGGAGUCUUACCACACUCUACGCUAUCAUAUUCCUGUUGGGAUUAUUUGGGAACCUUUGUACAUGUAUUGUAAUAAUCCGCUACCGUCAUAUGCAUUCAACAACCAAUUUCUACCUCUUCUCUUUGGCAGUUUCUGAUAUUCUUAUACUGGUUGUAGGUUUGCCUUCAGAAAUUUACGGAAUUUGGAGUGCUUACCCUUGGCCGUUUGGAAUCAUCUACUGUUUCUUCAAAUCAAUGAUGUCAGAGGUAACAUCUUAUGCUUCAGUUCUAACCAUUACUGCAUUCACCGUUGAACGUUACAUGGCAAUCUGCCACCCUCUCUGGGCUUAUACAGUAUCAACACUGAGCCGAACCCUGAAGGUGAUAUUGAGUAUCUGGAUAACUUCUAUACUCAUAGCACUUCCAUACCCACUGUACACACGGUUGAGCUACCUAGUGAGCAACCCAGAGACUGGAGAACCGCUCACUGAUUCUCUUCAAUGUACCAUCCCCAAGGAGUUUUUAGACGGCAUGACAAUCAUGUUCAAGAUCUCGACAUUCCUCUUUUUCGUCACGCCACUGUUUGUGCUCAUUAUCCUCUACACAUUGAUUGUUAUCACAGUAAACAGAGCAACUGUUCAACGACCGUCACAUAAUCAAAGAAGGUUGACUUCUAUUUCAACGAUAUCCAGUAGCGGACGAGAUAACUUGGCUAACAGCAGGCGAAGCAAAGCGAUAUCAAAUACACGAGGAUCCGUUUUGAAACUUCUAGUUGCUGUCGUAGUUGCCUUUUUCUUUUGUUGGGCUCCAUUCCACAUCCAGCGUCUUCUCACACUUUAUGUCAAUAAUUGGACGCCACCUUUAUUACAAAUACAUUUACAUUUAUUUUAUAUAUCGGGGAUCCUGUAUUUUUCCCAUUCGGCUAUCAACCCAAUCCUGUAUAAUAUAAUGUCGGAGAAAUAUAAAUCGGCAUUCUUACAAACAUUUUGUUGUCGUCGGUGCAAGGAUGUUCAGCACAGAGUCAAUUCUGUAGUUACACAGCAUACCGGUUAGCAACAACCGAACGAAUAUCCACUAAGUAAAAAGAGAAAUAUGAUUGUAGACGAAUCUACAGUAUAACCGAAAUUGUUAUGGUAAUUAUUUAAAAAGAUAGUCAUUAAAAGCUGAGGUAUCGUUCCAUUUAUAUCAAGAGCUUGCUUUCUACACAGCAAUAUUGUAAUAAUUUACAUUUUCAAAUCUAAAAUACUCAGCGUAUAGUAUAAUUUUCAUCCUCUAAUAAGAAAAGUAAUUGAUAAAUAUAUAUUGCAGUAUAAUGUGGUAUCACAUCACAACAAUAUAGAGCAGUUAUAGAGGUGUAUCUAUAUAACUUAACUUUAUAAAGUCAGUAUUGAGAUUUCAAAAAAGUUUAUUUUCAUAUUACAAAGCUCUGUCAGUUCUGCGUGUUACUUUUAACUGGGAAUAUAGAACAUAUUUUGUUUUUUAGGUUGUUUUCAUUGAUCUAAGCUAAUAAGAUAUAAAUCAUAUAGUUGAGUAGGACCCGUCUAUCUAUUCUGAUAUCUAAGGAGACUUUGAAUAAAGUGUAUAACUCAAAUGCGUAAUGAAACAUUAUGAGAUCGUAGUCUGUUUUACAGUUACGAAACUUCAAACGAAAGGGUAACAUUUUACUUACUAGAAACAGCAUUAACUUCCUAAAAGAUGAUUUUUUUUUAAAUUAAAUGUGAAACCUGUUCACAAACAACAAUUCAGAUUACUCUACCAUUCACGAUCAAAUUUUAACAAAUGGAAGUCACGCCAGAACAGCUUGAUUUAAAAUUACAAGCAGAAAGGAGAAAACUCUCUGAUUGGAUAACAAAGCUAUAUAACAAGAAUAUAUCGAUGAGGUAGUAAUCUUUUUACAGGAUGAUCUCUUAGCAAUGGUACGUUAUUGAUAAAAAUAUCGGUAGUUUUGGGGGUUUUUUUUUUUAGGGAAAACACUUCCGUAAUCUAUUUACCCAUGCUAAAUGUUCAUUACUACUUAAGUAUAAUACAUCUAAUAUACAGACUCCUGGUUAAUAAUAUAUUAAUUUUUAUUGCUCAUUAUCACAUCACUUAUUGUUAGUACUCCUAUUUACAUUAACCCUCGUGUAUGUUUCUAAUUUGUAGCAGUACUCAUAUAAAGCAUCCUUGAAUUGUAGUAUCAUUGGGUUUAAAGUUCUUUAGUUGCAUGAAACCAGUCGGCUCUGUGGGACGAAGACUACUGUUAGAUUCUGUUAGAUUCUAUUUCCACAAACUUUUCCGUGCGAGUAAUGUAGCUUUUCUUCUCUGGACAACAUACUUCCAAGAGUUCACACAAUAAUUUUUGACAUACAUCCUGAUACUCCUAUCGUAACAACUAAUGGUAACUGCAGAAAUUAUUCAAAGUAGAGAAUGUAUUCCCUGUAGAGCAACUAUGACAUCUGCAGAUUGUAUGGAUAAGAGUUACACAUAAUUCAUAGUAAUACCCUUAAAAACCAGUAUAACUAAUAUAUACUCGUAUUUAGGUCGCGGGACAAACAAAACUUCACUUUUGAGACGAUUAGUUUGAAAAGGAAACGCGGAACUGAGCGUUCCUCUAUUAUUUGAUAUUGUGGACAGAGCUAUCCCACAUACUAACAAGGCUAACCUUGCCAAGACACAACUAGUUUUAAAUUAUGUACAAUUGAGAAGCUGCAAAUCUUGAAACACUCUACACCAUCGCUGAACAGAAGAUUCCAAGUUUUAUCUCGAGUUUUAAAUCUCUGAUUCUGAGAUGCGUAUAUUGAUGAAAACACCCAAACACGUGCACACGAUCUAAGUAGUUGCAGCUAAAACUGGGCAAAAAGUUUCUAUUCUUUAAUGUGUAAUGAUUGAUUGCCAAACGAUAUCCUAAUUGGUUGGGAUAGAGGUGACAUCAACUACACUAAGCUUACCAGUCAUGUCUUCACUUUACAGAUAUCCUGAGCUGCAACAUUCUCCAUAGUAAUAUACCUGUUGUCUCCUCCAACAAACUGUGAGGAAAAGCGUAGAAGUUAUGCGUCAUAGAAAGUAUAUAAAGUCGCUAAACGAGAAACAUUAUGAAAUAGCUUCGUUGUCGUCGUCGUCAUGAUGAUGGUGAUGGUGGUGGUGGUGGUGGUACACCUGCUGCUGCUGCUGCUGCUAGGAACGCAAUGAUUCUUCCCUAGGUAUAUUCAUAUUUAAUUAUAUGCUUGUAUUAUAUGUUUAUAGUCCUACCUUAUACAUUUUAUUCUAUCUUAUUAUACAUUCUUUUAUCUGUGUAUAAUCACUUUUUAAGUACAUACAAAUUCUAGAUUAAUCAUCAAUUAACUUAAUAUUUGAUAAUUAUUGUAUAUCAAUUUCUUUGAUUUCGCAAAAGGUUACAAAUCUCGGGAAUUCAUAAUACUCUCCAUAGCUAAACAUUGUUAUCUCCAUUGUGUGUGUCAUAUUCUUCACAGAUAUAUAUUUAGUAUUGAUUUAGCACGGCAUAAGGUGAUGCUAGUGGGAGUACUCUAUCUUUGAUGUUUUCCGUAAGCCUUUAGCAGUGCAAGUGAAGCAAAAUGGCUUCAAACUGAAAUCAAGCGUCCAUAUUCUAUGGCACUCGCUUAUAUAGACCAUAACUUUCAUACACAAACCAUAAACUCAAUAUAAAAUAAAUAUAAGAACAUAUGAAAAGUGAAAUAGUAAUAAUAAACGCAUAGUGAAAACUUAUGUGGAAAGUCAAACUAAAACAAGAUUAUUCAUUCACUGAGAUACUGUUGGUAUUGAAAACAAUGCUUAAACG